AUGCCUGCAAUCAACUGGUACCACGUACGCACGCAGAACAACCCAGCUGAUCUAAUAUCUCGAGGUGCACUGCCUGCCACUCUACAAGGAAAUUCGCUUUGGUGGCACGGAGCAGACUGGGAACAUUCUUCGCCUUCAUACGAGGUGGACUCGACGCAUAGAAACCACAUCGAUCGGGAGCGGAAAUCUAUAGCAGUAAGUCUUCUUACAAUCUACGAAAACUCAUUUCUGGAUGGCAUGCUGAAUCAUUAUUAUCCUAACAAACAAAUGCUUCUUCGAGUCACCGCUCGCCUCCUUCGGUUCGCUCAUCGUGGUCACGAGCGCUUGUCAGCCGCUGAGUUAAAUAAGGCUUUGAUGAUCUAUGUUCGAUACACACAACACAAAUAUUUCUCGAAUGACAUUCAACGAUUGAAGGAUGGUAAAACCGUUGCAACUGGAAGCUCCAUCUACCAGUUAGAUCCCCACUUAGAUGCAGAUGGACUCCUCAGGGUGGGCGGUCGGCUCCGGUUAUCGAAGUUGAAUUACAACACCAAGCAUCAGCUGCUACUUCCGCACCAUUCGAUUUUAACCUCAUUAAUUCUACAUGAUGAGCACAUCAAUAAUCUUCAUUGCGGACCACAAACACUCUUAGCAGUUUCUCGUCAGCGUUUCUGGAUUCCUUAUGGAACGAGUGCUGCCCGUAAAAUCUACCGGCAGUGCAUUACUUGCGCUCGUGUUAGACCUCCUCCUUCACGACAGCAAAUGGGACAGCUUCCCGCCGAUCGCUUAGAACCGCAGCCACCGUUUGCCAUAGUUGGCAUUGAUUAUGCUGGGCCAAUCAACAUUACUAGCCGCAAAUCGAGGGGAACUAGCGCCAGCAAAGACUACAUUGCCCUUUUCGUUUGUUUUGUCACAAAGGCUGUGGCACUAGAGGCGGUAUCUGACCUUAUCACGGGUACAUUUCUUGCUGCAUUCACCAGAUUUUCCAGUCGGUACGGACUACCGGCACGAGUCUACAGUGACAACGCUACAAAUUUUCGGGCUGCGGCUAAGCAGCUAAGGGAACUCAACACCUUGGUUAACUCUACUGAAUACAAAACGACCGUAGCAGAUUUCCUCGCAGACAAGGGUGUGGAAUGGAGCUUCAUACCUCCUUGCUCCCCUCAUCAUGGCGGCUUGUGGGAGGCCGGGAUAAAGGUUGCAAAACAGUUACUGUCAAAAAUAUCAGGUAAUUUCAUCUACACAUAUGAAGAACUUUCCACUCUGCUAGCGCAGGUUGCCGCCUGCAUGAACUCUCGGCCUAUCGCCUCAAUUUCGAACAACCCAAACGAUCCGCAGCCGUUGACUUCCGCGCAUUUCUUAAUCGGUCGACCGUUGACAACAGCGCCUGAUAUCAAUCAACUAGAACGACAUAUCACUUCGAUGACGCGAUGGCAAUUCGUUCAGCUGAAGGCACAGGAAUUUCGUGAGCGUUGGCAAAGGGAAUACGUGCGGUCACUUCAGUUAUUCACUAAAUGGCAGCAAUCAGCAAACAAUAUGAAGGUCGGCGAUUUCGUGCUCAUAGUUGGAGAAAAUGAAAAACCGAAACAGUGGCUGCUUGGACGGAUUGUGCAGACGCAUCCUGGCCCAGAUGGAUUGGUGAGGGUUGUGACCGUGAAAACUUACCACGGAGUGACUCAAAGAGAUAUCAGACGACUUAGAGUGGUGCCACUAGACAGUGAUGAAUUUGUACCUGGUCGCUUAGGCAAUGAAAUUCCGGACCGGAAUUUGGUGGGCGGCUUAUGGACGAACAUGAGCGGCGAAUAA